UCGAGUCUGUGGAAAGCGCUCCUUUUGCAGCGGAAAAGUAGUCGUCUUUUAAAUAACAGGAAAAAGAAAAACGGUAAUUUUUUUAAAUCCCAAAAAAUAAAUCAUACCACCCAAAAUUUUCUCUCUUCUCUUCUCGUCUCGGUUUGCAUAAAUCUCUUCGGUUUAGGAACUGCCGGGGUUCGAUUUUGUCAUCAAGAUCGGCCAAAUUAAAAUUUCAGGCGAUCGGAGAAGAUGGAGUCUCAUGAUGAAACUGGGUGCCAAGCUCCAGAAGGUCCCAUCCUGUGCGUCAACAACUGCGGCUUCUUUGGAAGUGCGGCUACCAUGAAUAUGUGCUCCAAGUGUCACAAGGCAAUGAUUCUGAAGCAGGAACAGGUGCAACUUGCAGCAGUAUCCAUUGGAAGCAUUGUUAGUGGCUGCUCUAGUGGUAGCAGUAAGGAACCAGCUGUGGCUGCUGCUUUGGAUGUACAACCUGUAAAUAUUGAGUCAAAGAUUGUGUCAGCAGAGCCAUCCAUUGAUCCUUCUAGAACAACCGUCAGUGAGUUGGAGACAAAAAAGGGUCCUAAUAGGUGCUCAACAUGCCAUAAGCGUGUUGGUUUGACAGGAUUUAACUGCAGGUGUGAAAACCUCUUCUGUGCAGCUCAUCGUUACUCAGACAAACACGAGUGCCCUUUUGAUUACCAGGCCGCUGCUCGUAAUGCUAUUUCUAAAGCCAACCCUGUAGUCAGAGCUGAGAAACUGGAUAAAAUCUAAGGGUCCUGGAUGAAGGUGAAGAUUUGUGUAGUCAAAUAUGAUGAUUCUCCCUCUAUUCCUUGUGUAUUGGGCCCAUUGUAGUGAAGGUUUAUAAGUUGGGUGCUUGUCUCCCCAUAUUAGGGAAGACAUGGUUGCAGUGUAAGUCUUAUAUUCCAUGUCAAUCGGUUGGCAUUACAAUGGCUCAUGUUUGUAAGACUUUGUUUGUGCUGGUUUGAUGGACAACGAUACGAUUGAACACCAUGGUAAUGCUUCUUUGUGGUAUACACAUUUCUUUAUACUAGUAGCUCGGCUAUAUCAUGUGAAGUGUGUUUUGUUA